UUCGCCUCCGCCACCGGUGCCCGUGCCGAGACCCAACUUCUGCCAAAAGCCGUACAACCAGUCGCACGUCAUGUGCAAAGACGAUCCGUACCAGACGUGCACCACGUACUUCACCAACGCGUCCUUCAUGAACACCAGGAUCCUGUGGGCGCACAAUCACUACCGCAGUCACUUGGCCCUCGGCAGGCUCGCCGACUACCCGUCGGCCGGCAACAUGCUCGAGAUGCGCUGGGACGACGAGCUCGCCAGGGUCGCCGAGGCCAAGGGCCGACUGUGCGCCACGCGGACCGGCGACGUUCGCAGCCCCAAUGACCCGCUGUACGGGACCAAUGACUUUCCCGACGUCGGCCUCAACGUGUACACCGAGUGGGGGAGCCACCAGACGACGCCCAUCAUCUGGCGCGUCGUGGUCCGCAACUGGUUCGACGAGAACGUCGCCCUGCCCAGGAAGCAGAUCCUCGAGUACAACGAUGCCCCCUACACGGAAAACUUCGUCCAGCUGGUCGCGGCCGAUACGUACGCGCUCGGCUGCAGCUACACGCGCAACUACAUGCCGGACAUGGCGCCCCAGGCCAACCUCUUCCUCUACGUCUGCUUCUACGGGCCGAAGGCACCCUCGGCGGGAAAGCCCGUCUACCAGCCGGCACCGUACUGCUCGCUGUGUCCGGAAGACACGACGUGCGACGUGCCCACGGGUCUCUGCGUGCUUAGGGGCAAGAAGCCGGGCGCAACCAGGCCCCCACCCGAUCGGUCGUUCGAGCACCCACCCGAACACAAAAAGGAUGGCGACAUGGGCUCAUACGACAGGGAACACGCCGACGAUUCCGCCACGGAAGCCGUCGCCGUGAUGUCCCCGCUCGUCGCGGCCGCGAUAUCUAUCCACAGGUGGCGCCAAGGCGUGGACUGA